UAAGGACGUCAUUUCCGCCCGGGUUCCUUUUCCGCGCUGCCCCGAAGAGGGUUCCAUACGGCGUUGUUCUCGGUUUCCGUCGUAACUUUAAAGGGAAACUUUCACAAUGUCCGGAGCCCUGGAUGUCUUGCAGAUGAAGGAGGAGGAUGUCCUCAAAUUUCUUGCUGCAGGAACCCAUUUGGGUGGCACCAAUUUGGACUUCCAGAUGGAACAGUAUAUCUACAAAAGGAAGAGUGACGGUAUCUACAUCAUUAACUUGAAGAGAACUUGGGAAAAGCUUUUGCUGGCAGCUCGUGCUAUUGUUGCCAUUGAAAACCCAGCCGAUGUUAGUGUCAUCUCCUCCAGGAACACUGGCCAGCGAGCUGUUCUGAAAUUUGCUGCUGCCACUGGCGCUACACCUAUUGCUGGACGUUUCACACCGGGCACCUUCACUAACCAGAUUCAGGCAGCUUUCAGGGAGCCUCGCCUCUUGGUGGUCACUGAUCCUCGGGCAGAUCACCAGCCUCUGACUGAAGCAUCGUAUGUUAACCUCCCAACCAUUGCACUGUGCAACACAGACUCUCCACUUCGCUAUGUGGAUAUUGCCAUUCCAUGUAACAACAAGGGGGCUCACUCAGUGGGUCUGAUGUGGUGGAUGCUGGCCCGUGAAGUCCUGCGUAUGCGUGGUACCAUCUCUCGUGAACACCCGUGGGAGGUUAUGCCUGAUCUUUACUUCUACAGGGAUCCAGAGGAGAUUGAAAAGGAAGAGCAGGCCGCAGCUGAGAAGGCAGUGACAAAGGAAGAGUUUCAGGGUGAAUGGACCGCACCUGCCCCAGAAUUCACUGCUACUCAGCCGGAGGUGGCGGAUUGGUCUGAGGGAGUACAGGUGCCAUCUGUGCCCAUUCAGCAGUUCCCCACCGAAGAUUGGAGUGCUCAGCCGGCUACUGAGGACUGGUCUGCGGCUCCUACUGCUCAGGCCACUGAAUGGGUAGGAACUACCACAGAGUGGUCUUAAGUUUUGCCCCAGAUGCUCUAAUAGUGUUGGAAAAAUGCUGAUGGAAAAUAAACAUUGGUUUCUUACA